CCUCGGCCUUUCCUUCUUCCUGUCGGCACGAGGUUAGCUGUUAGCAUAAUGGGCUUCGGAGAUCUCAAAACCCCUGUCGGACUUAAGGUCUUAAAUGACUUUUUGGCCGAUAAAAGUUAUAUCGAAGGGUAUGUGCCGUCCCAAGCCGAUGUUGUCGUGUUCGACGCCCUCUCCGGUGCCCCCCCGGUGGACCUGUGUCAUGCGCUGCGCUGGUACAACCACAUCAAGUCGUACCAGGCAGAGAAGUCGAGCCUCCCUGGAGUAAAGAAGGCCCUGGGGCAGUAUGGCCCAGCUGGAGUAGAGGACACCACCAGUGCUGACUCCAAGGAUGACGACGAUGACAUUGACCUGUUUGGCUCUGAUGAUGAGGAGGAGAGUGAAGAAGCAAAGAGGCUGAAGGAAGAGCGUCUUGCAGCCUACAAUGCAAAGAAAGCUAAAAAGCCAACUGUCAUUGCAAAAUCAUCCAUUUUACUUGACGUGAAGCCCUGGGAUGAUGAGACAGACAUGGCAAAGAUGGAGGAGUGUGUUCGGAGCAUCCAGAUGGAUGGGCUGUUGUGGGGAUCCUCCAAACUUGUGCCUGUUGGUUAUGGUAUCAAGAAGCUGCAGAUACAGUGUGUGGUGGAAGAUGACAAAGUUGGGGUAGACCAACUGGAAGAGCAGAUUACAGCCUUUGAGGACUACGUACAGUCUAUGGAUGUAGCAGCCUUCAACAAAAUCUAAAAAGGUGUCAAGUAUCAAUAAAAGCACUUGGAAUCAAA